UGUUUCAGGAGCUGAUAUCAGGACAGUGAAUAUGAGAGAGCUUACUACAGGCGUCCUACACACUAAGUUCUGGGUGGUUGACAAGAAGCACAUUUACAUUGGCAGUGCCAACAUGGACUGGAGGUCCCUCACACAGGUGAAGGAGCUGGGCGCGGUCGUCUACAACUGCAGCUGUUUGGCCGCAGACCUGAGUAAGAUCUUUGAAGCCUAUUGGUUCCUGGGGGAGAGUCAGUCGAUCCCAUCGCCGUGGCCAAUCAGCUUCUCCACCCUCUACAACAAGGACACGCCUCUGCAGCUGCCGCUCAACAACACGCCGUCUGACGUUUAUCUAUCGAGUUCCCCUCCGUCGUUCUGUGCAGCCGGCAGGACUCCAGACCUUCAGUCCGUCCUCAGUGUGAUGGACGAUGCAGACAGCUUCAUCUACAUCGCUGUCAUGAACUACCUGCCCACCAUGGAGUUUUCACACCCUAAAAGGUAUUGGGCAGACAUUGACACCCAGCUGAGGAGAGUGGCAUACGAGAAGCGAAUCAAAGUUCGCCUGUUGAUCAGCUGCUGGGCGAGCACCCAGCCCGUCAUGAUCCCAUUCCUGAAGUCUCUGGCCUCCGUUUACGAGCCCAAGAGCAAACUUGACAUCCAGGUGAGGCUGUUUGUAGUUCCUGCCAGCCCCAAGCAGAAGGAGAUUCCCUUCGCUAGAGUCAACCACAACAAGUACAUGGUGACGGACAAGAUCGCUUAUAUCGGUACGUCUAACUGGUCAGGUGACUACUUUGUGCACACCGCUGGCUCUGCAUUGGUUGUCAAUCAGACUGCAUCACAGUCCAUGGAGCCGACCGUCCAAUCACAGCUGAAGGCCGUAUUUGAGAGGGACUGGGACUCCGACUACAGCACGCCUCUCACCCAACACUCAAACCUCAAAGUCAUCUGUUAGGUUCUACAGCCAAUAAUGCAAACACUGGCACUCCUCUGUUUAACAUGCACAGAGCUGUAGUUGCACAUUUAAUGUAUGUCUUAAGAUUCUCAAGGACACUUGGACGAAUCAGUUGAAACAAUAGAAACCCCUUAGCUGAAACAUCAGCCGCAGACAAGCCCUCGGUGGAGCCAAGCUUCUCUGUGUGUGAGAAUAAAAUUUCCAGCUGACUUGUUUUAUCACAGCUUCAGUGCCAAACUCCACUAUGAGAGAAAUAUGCCUCAAACCACUUAACAGCUCGGUAAUGCCAGUCUACACAUUGUUCAAGGCUACCUGAGUGUUUCUCGGGCGAGAAAUUCUUUACGUCUCUUUGCUGUUCCGAUCGAUGCUGACCUAGGAUUCGAUAUGUAAUAAGAUGCAGUCAGUUAGAUCCAGUUUUUGUGUCUGUCAUCAGCUCAGCACCAAACAUACGAGUGCCGCCAUCAUUCUGAUUCGGAGUCUGCAGUGAUUGUUUUGUGCAAAGCUGCAGUAUCAAGGUCAGAGUCAGUCUCAGCUGUCAAUCAGGAUGUUUCACCCCUUUAAUGAACACUUCGAGUGAUAGGAAGUACAGACAAUGGCAGAAGCCAUUGUUAAGGAACAUGUAUUUGAUGUGUGCUUUGUUUAGUUUUGACAAUGUCCCAUCUGCUAACAUGGAGGAGGCUGAGUUUAUUAUCUAGACUGCAGCCAGCCACCAGGUUUUUUUGGGGGGGGCUAUCAUCUUGUUCAUCUUUAUAUGCAGUUUAUAACAAAACAAAACUUCAGCUAACAUGAACGUUAAACACUCAAAUAAUCCUGUGGUUUGUAUUAUAUCAUGCUGUAACACUAGGGGUCACUGUUUCAUCUUUUCAUUACUCAUGAAUGUUAAUUGAUAGCUUUCUCAUUUUAAAGAUCAAUCACUUUGUUUUUUUAUCUUAGCUCAUCUCAGGGAGAAAAAUAUUGUGUUUUCUUAGCGAAUCAAUUUACUUUGCUGGACUUUGCUGUGCCUGAACUGUAAUUAUAAAAUAAGGAUUUUAAACUCAC